UUAAUUUCACAAGGAAAAAGCACAGAAGAUUGACUCCCCGAUCCAAAACAAAUCGAAGAUAAUACCACAUACCCCUCCUUCCUCUCCACGCUCUCACCACCCAUCCUCCCUCUCUAUCGACCAUGAUCCCUCACCGACGGCGAGAAAUCCGGGCCGGAGACCAAUUCACCUUCUACAAUCCGACCCAGAGGGCGAGCGGUGAUCGGAAAUCUUCUGAUGGGAUCGAGUACGGAACAUGGGCUGAGAGAAUUAAAGGUGACCACGGAUACUUUGGCAAAUCAGAUGGUCGUAAGUUUGGCGCAUGGCAACGGAGAACUCAGCUGAAUCUUCAUGGCGACAAAGAAAAUGAGGAUGAGUUCAGAUGGGUGGCAAAAGAAGAUGGUGAUGAUUCGGAUGCUGCAUCACCACCACUGUGGAAGAACUCAGGAUCACCCAUGGCUCGCUCAGCCGAAUCUUCUCCAAUCCAUCACAGGUUUCCUUAUCCCACCCCACAGUCGCAGGCCAUUGCUGGAUACCGACAGGAGAUGCUGGAUAUGGUGCGAGAUAUGCCGGAGACUGCUUAUGAGCUCUCUCUGAGAGAUCUUGUGGAGUCGUCGCCAAGGAGGGCAAAACCUGUGCAUGAAACGUUGGCGGAAGUUAGAGAAUUGCCGAAGGAUAAGACCGAGAAGGAGAAGGACCGGAAGGAGAAGAUGAAGAAAGGAAUAAGAAGGAUGUCGAGGAGUGAGAGUAUGGAGACUGGAGAAUUACCGGAGGAUAAGACCGAGAAGGAGAAGGAUCGGAAGGAGAAGAUGAAGAAAGGAAUGAGAAGGAUGUCGAGGAGUGAGAGUAUGGAGACUGGAGGUUUGCUUCUAAAGAUGUUCCUUCCACCUUUUCUGACUUGGAGGAAGAAGAGCUUUGGAGGCUCUGGUACGUGUGCCAAGGUCUCUCCGAAGCCCAUGAUGAUAGAAGGGGAGAAAGGUGGGCCUGAGAAGAGUACAGAUGGAGAUUGGUGGAGAAAGAACUCAUUAGGUGAAAAGGAAAGCAGCAGCAGCAGCAGCUCCAACAACAGUAGCAGAAGAAGGAAAAUGAGUGGCUGCUAUUCCUUCUGCCGCAGAAACAAAAAUAAAGGAAGGGAAAACUGAGGGCGACUCUGUUCUGAAGGGAAACCAUACAGCUAUCCUGUAACAACCCCUGUUUUAGUUCUGGGAUUGUUUAAUAAUAUGAUCAGUUGAAGUGUCCCAGCAUGACCUGUAUAGAUAGGUACUUGUCUUUGUUCUUUUGCUUUGUUAUAUGUACCAAGGUUCGGUAACUAAAAUAUGUUGAUCCAGUGUCACUGUUUGGAAUCACAAGCAUUGUACUUUCCAUAGAUCAACAGAAAAUUUUGGAGGAAAACUGAAGCUAUUUCUUUGCCUGA